UUGUGGGAAGGAGAAGGACUUAAAGGCUUUUGAAAGAGAGAAUUGAGGAAAUGAAAGCAGAUGGUUACGUCAGAAGGAUAUAGCCGUGGUUUGUGAAGCAGGGAGCAGCAGGACAACAACAUGGCCCAGCAUGGAUCUAAUCAAGGGCAAGAAGACUACCCCAAUGAGGUGACACUUUCCAGACUUAGGCUCCGAGUGGUUCCGCCUGAGGUCCUGCAAAAUAAUGGCAUAGAAAGCUUGAAUUUAGACCGGAACAAGCUGAAACAGCUCCCUGGGGUUGCAAAACUUUGCAACCUGAAAAAGCUGAUUUUGUCGAAAAAUGAUAUCAUAGACUUCCCAGAGGAAAUCAGGAGCUUGGUCCAUCUGGAGAAGCUGGAACUCAAUCAGAACCAAAUCCGCGUUAUCCCAGAGGGAGUCUUUUCCUGCCUUCCAAAGUUGAUACAUCUUCGACUGAACAACAACCGCUUAGAUAGCCUUCCCAAGGACCUGGCAGUCUGCUGCAGCAGCCUCCAGUACCUCAACCUGUCCAACAACUUGUUCCUAGCUAUCCCUUUGGUGGUCUUGGAGCUGAAAUGUUUGCAAGAGCUCUACAUGUAUAACAACAAGCUGCGCCAGCUUCCCAUGAAGAUGUUCACGGAGCUGCCUCUGAAGAUGUUCAAGGUCAGCGGGAAUCCUCUCCGGGAGCCUCCCUACGAGGUCUGCGCAGGAGGCCUCAGGCAGAUCAUCAGCUACUUUGACCAGCUGCAAAACAGCCGAGCGGAAGAGGACAGGCGAGUCAAGACCAUGUUCCUGGGGAUGUCCUUAGCAGGGAAGUCCACCAUUUGCAAAAGCCUGAAGCAAAGGCAAAUAGUUCGAAUGUCAGAGGAAGAGCGGACCGUUGGGAUUGAGAUCAGCGAGUUCCAGAUCCAAGGCUUCACUUUUCUCUUCUGGGACUUUGCUGGCCAAUUGGAAUAUUAUAUGACUCACCACAUGUUCAUCACCCCACAGGCUCUGGUCAUCUUAGUCAUUAACUUUCAGCAGUAUCAGCGGAGCAAUGACUCCUUCAAGGAGCUUGUUGGAUUUUGGAUUAACAACCUCUUUAUGCGAGUGCCCAACUCUGUGGUCCUUCCCGUUGGAACUCACAUAGAUGCUUGUUGUGAGCAGGAGGUUAAAGAAAAGAAAGAGGAUAUAAUGAGCAAGAUCCAGGACAUGCUGGAUGAGAGAAAGAGCACCUUAGCCCAUCUCAUUGCCAACCUGGAGGACAAUGAGGAAUCAGAGUUCUUUGUGGACCAGUGGAAUAGGCUGAAGGAAAUGGAGAACUGCACCCUUACAGUUUUGGACCUUGUUCCCGUCAAUUGCAUGGAUUACGAGGACAUCAAAACGCUCGAAGGCACAAUUCUGAAGCACGUCAAGAAUGAAGCUGUCUUCCCGAAUGUCAUCCAAGUGCUCCCCCCUAUCUACAAGCAAGUAGAAGCUGCAAUUGUGAAUAUUGUGCAAAAAAAUGAAGAGUUGGCAGAGCAUGGUAUGAUGGAUCUCAGUCUGUUACACAGAGAGCUUUCCUAUCAGUAUCACCUCACCCACCUUGAUGUAGAACUUCUGCGGGAUAUCCUGAGAUACCUUCACCGCAUUGGGCUAAUCGUGUGGUACGAAGAGGUCAAGCAGCUGGAGAGCACAGUGUUUCUAUGCCCAGACAUUCUCAUAACCAUCUUCAAAACUCUUGUCCGGUAUGGCCUGACGCAGCAGCUGGAGAGCAUUGCUGUGGACAUCUUGAUAGCAGAACAUGCCACCAUUCGAGACCGGGCCAACUGGGUGUGGGCAUUCAAGUCAAAGGCCAUGUUGUGCCAGAAGGCCAUGAGAGCUUUGCUCAAACACCAGCUCUACUUGGACGGCAUGAGAGAUGUCUUUGAGGAAAUGGUGGGCAGCAGAUCUCAGAAGGGGAAGCUCUUUAGCCUGUUGGAGCACUUUGAGAUCUGUCUGGAGGUCAGAAAUGCAGAGGGGCUCAAUCCAAGAGCCCGAGUGUUUGUGCCUGGAUUGCCGUGGGAAGCCACACAAGCCAAUGAGGACACUCACUACUUAUUUCCCACUUAUCUCAACCAGAGUGAGGAGGUUUCCAAAAUGUGGGGUGGAGACCACACAGAAGACCUUCAUAUCCAUGUCUACUUUUCCCCAGAGAUCCCAGAGGGCUUCUUCAAAAGGCUCAUGGUUAAAGCUUGCUCCUUCUUCUCAACCCACUGGGUUGCAAAAGCGAUAUGCCUGCUCAUCUGCAGUGGCAAACCUUUACUGAUCAAAGCGAACAACCAGAAAGGAUACAGCUACAUUGAACUCAGGUGCAGAAAACCAGCUGAGAGGGCAGGAUUCCAGUUGGUGUGGGACUUUGUUAUGACAAUAAUCUCCAUCAGCAAUAAACUCUUGGAGGAGUGGCCUGGUCUCCAUCUUUGCAUCAAGACACCUUGUCGGACAGCUGGCUGCCCUGCAGAAUUUGUCUGGCCAGAUGUGGAUGACAAAAGCACAGUGACCAAAGAAGAAAUAAAAACAUGUGGAACUUGUGCCUUUCAAUUUGAAACUGAGCUGCUGUUACCAAAAGUCCCAAGUGAACGGAGCAUUACCCAGGCCCCUGCACAGUAUUAUGUCACCAGCUAUGGCAACGCCACCUUUGGAUCCAGCACUGUCCAUGUGGAAAGUCAGAAUAUCCUGGACAAAUGACAAGAGCCAUGCAAGAAAAAUUGCCAGCAACAUUUGCAGAGAUUUUCACAGACACAUUUGGUCCAUGCGGCACCUUAGAAACGCUUCAUUCUAAACUGACAGUUUGACCACCGUAGGUUGAAAAUGCAAUGCAAAUUCCAUGGUAGAGUGCCAAUUUAUUUACAGAUAUAUGUGAACAGAAGUGCAAGUAUGCAAUCUAAUAAACUUCUACCAUAAGUUACAGAACAAUU